AUGAUGGCAGGCCUGAAAGAACUUCGAGCCAAACUCGAGCGUCGCGCGACUCGCCGCCGCGAGAGCCGCAACCAGCCAGAGUCGACGUCGAAGGAAUCAUUAGCAUCAGCCGCCGUUGAAGACGCUCCUGCUGUGGUGGAGUUUGCUCCAGUCGCCGCCACCAAAGAGCCGGGAAAAACAAUUCCUGGCGAGCCUCAAGCCAAUGUUACCGAGGAGGAGAAGGAGUUGCUUCCUCCGUCGCCGACAGAACAAGUGGUUCCGGCCGUCAUCUCCGUAACCUCGGUUCCAUCCCCUCCGAGCUUCUCGUUCUUCCUCGCCAUCUCAAGCAAACAAUCGCGCCCAGCGGUAGAGAGCGAGUGUCGAGUUGCUGCUGCGCCACCGGGCAAUUAG